AGAUGGAGGAGAAGCUUAGCUUGAUCCGGCUGUUUUAUGAGCCAGGUGUCGGAAUGGAUGCUGGUUAUGUCAUACCUUCACAGGAUGUCUUACUUACAUUUAUGUGAGGGUAUUAUAACACAUUGGGAUAGUAUUAAUGUUUGUAGAAUAGUCAAAAAGAUAAUCGACAAGGUCAAGUCAAUAGAGUGUGAUGGAUAAAAUCAUGAGGUGGGAGUAAUGAGUUAAUGGCACAGUUGACGACAGGAUGAGUGGAAGACCCACGAGUUGACGCAAAGUCAAGAGCUCAACAAUUGAUUUUAUUUUUGGGUCUUUUUAAAGAGAUUUCAGAAGCCAUAAUUAUAACCUAUCACAAACUUAAGAAAAAAAAAAAAAAGUAAUGGUAAUACCAAGCCAGUCUUAUUCAUUUUCUGGUAUUGUUGUUACCUUGUAUUUCUUCUUCUUGUUUUCCUUUGUUCUACACAUUCUUGCUUCUCCUACGCUCAACCGUUGCCGCCAUGAUCAGAGGGAUGCUCUUUUGGAGUUCAAACACGAGUUUCGGGGAACAAUGAACUCCGAGAUAUUUAAUCAUAUGAGUAUAUGGAACAAGAGCACUGAUUGCUGUUCUUGGGAGGCUGUCACGUGCGAUGCUAAAUAUGGCCAGGUGAUUUCACUUUACCUUCAUGACGACCCUCUCAACAACACUUUGAAACCAAAUAGUGGUCUUUUCAAACUCCGAUAUCUUCAAAACCUAUCCCUUUUAAAUUGCAAGCUUUAUGGAGAGAUUCCUUCUUCAUUUGGGAAUCUUUCCCAUCUCACGACGCUUGACCUUUCAAAUAAUGAAUUAGUUGGUCAAGUUCCAGCUUCAAUUGGAAACUUAACCCAACUAAGGUACCUGGUCCUUGCCCAUAACAACUUAAGUGGAAAAAUUUCUGUUUCAUUUGCCAACUUAACGAAGUUGAUCCAACUCGAUCUCAGUUAUAACUACUUUGAACCCGAGUUUAUACCCGACAUGAGCCGAUUCCACAACUUGGAGUAUUUUGAUGUGAGCCUAAACUUAUUUUUCGGGCCUUUUCCUUCGUUACAAAUGGUUUAUUUGUGGAGAAAUAACUUCACGGGACCUAUAAAUUUUGGGAAUACAUCGUCAUCGUCUAAUCUUAGUGGUCUAGACCUUUCUGGUAACAAAUUCGAUGGUCCAAUACCGGAAUCCAUAUCUAAAUUUCUCAAACUCGAAAGUCUAGAUAUUAGUAACAACUCGUUUUCCGGGCGUUUCCCAACAUCCUUGUUCAAGAUCCCUUCGUUACAAUGGGACCUAUAGAUUUUGGGAAUACAUCGUCAUCGUCUAAUCUUAGUGGUCUCAGCCUUGCCGAUAACAAAUUUGUUGGCCAAAUCCCAGAAUUCAUAUCAAAAUUUCUCAAUCUGGGAGAGUUAGAUCUUCCCAACAAUAAGUUGGAAGGAAAAGUACCAGGUUGCUUAUUGAGAUUGAGAAUGCUGAAACUUUCUCACAACUCUUUUAGUGGCUUUGGAAAAUCGUCAGAAGUUCUGGAUCAACCACAAAUGAAUGCGUUGCAGCUUGAUUCGAAUUCAUUCCGAGGACCAUUUCCCCAUUGGAUCUGCGAGAUUAUAUCGCUAAAGAUCUUAGAUUUGUCCAACAAUAGCUUCAAUGGCUCAAUUCCUCCAUGUUUAGGGAAUAUCGCUUAUUCUCUUCAAGUGCUUAAUCUGGGAAACAACAAUUUCAGUGGGAUUCUUCCAGAUGUGUUUCUCAAUGCUGCCAAUUUAAACGCACUUGAUGUUAGCCGCAACCGGUUGGAAGGAAAACUCCCAAAAACCUUGAUCAAUUGUACGUACAUGGAAUUUUUGAAUGUGGAAGGAAACCAAUUCAAGGACAAGUUUCCAUCUUGGUUGGGUUCUAUGCCAUUUUUAAAUGUCCUCAUCCUCCGAUCCAACCAAUUCUAUGGGCCAAUUUAUCAAGACCAAGUCUACAUUUGGUUUCAAUACUUAGAAGUUAUUGAUGUCUCACAUAAUGACUUCACUGGAACUUUCCCAGCUUUCGAUUUUUCCAGCUGGCAUCAAAUGACUACAUUAAACCCAGAAAAUGAUGGUGCUAUAUAUAUAUGGGAUAUUCCAUCUUCUUGAAUGAUCACAAUUUCCAGAAUACUUUCAGUCCUUACAUUAGUUCAAUGGAAAUAGUGCACAAAGGUGUAGAUACAGAGUUCGAGAAGAUCCGAACAGACUUCACAGCCAUUGACUUUUCACGAAACAGGUUUUAUGGAAAGAUCCCUGAAUCCAUUGGCUUGUUGAAGGGGUUACGUUUUCUCAACUUGUCGAAUAAUGCUUUCACAAGCAAUAUACCUCGAUCAUUGGCAAAUAUGACGAAUCUUGAGACAUUAGAUUUAUCCCGGAAUCAGCUGUCAGGUCAGAUUCCCCGAUAUCUUGAAGGUCCAAUACCACGCGGCGCACAGUUUCAAAGCCAAAAUUGUUCUUCAUUCAUGGAUAACCCCAAGCUUUAUGGUCUUGAUGAUAUUUGCAGAAUAACUCAUGUCCCAAAUCCUAGGCUGUGGAUGUCGGAAUCACACACUCAAGUAUUUGUUUGUUUUGUGAGAACGAAUAUUCUUGAAUAUAGAAAUUGAUACGACAAAGCUAUGAAUUGAGAAAAAGGCUAUAGUAUUAUUCUUAGAAAGAA